AUGUCAAAGCAAGAGAAAGAGUAAAAAGAGAUGAAACUCAAGCAAUAUAGAGAUUUGCUAAACUAGUAAGAAAGAAAUGUAAAUUCUGAUUAAAAUCAGUUUCAGCCAAAAAGACUACAAGCUACUAAUCAGGAAUGGAUGGUAGAAUAAGCAAUUAAAAAAUCAUAGGCUCCAUAAUAAGCCCUGAUGAGAGAAGCUGUUGCAGUAAAGUAAAUGGUAUUCUUUGAUGGAAACUAAAAUAACAUUGAAGACUAGGUAAAACAGGCAAUGAGAUCAGACGUCAGAGAUUUCAACAAUAACAAUAAGCAAAAUAUAAAGUCAAAUAAAGAUAUUAAGAGUUAGGUUUCUCAGACUAGUUAGAUAAUUAAGCAUCAGAAUAGACUCAAUGAGGCUAAGUAAAAGCAACAAUAAUCUUACUACAAAUCUCAGUAUCACUAUGAAGAAGAUUUUGAGGACGAGAAAAAUGGCAUAAAAACCAAUAAGAAGUCAGAUAAAAAUUUGCUUAUAAGUGGCACUGAAAUGCAUGUACACUAGGGUGACCCAACUAGAAUGAAUGCAGGCUAUACAAAUAAUAAAAGAGACUAUGGUGCUGGAAAUGAGGGCGUAGGAUCUUACAACAUGCUUGGCGGGUAGUAGGCUAGAGCUAUGCCAGCCACACUCAAGACUUCGAAUGCUUCUAGGUUUUACAAAGGCUACUAGAAGAAGUUAGAAUAGCAUCACGAUGAAAAAGAAAAGCACUUUGAGUCUAUUUAUGGGAACAGCCAAAUAGGAGAGGAUCAACAUUAGAAGGAGAACAAAAGUGUCAAUAAGUCAUAGAAAAGAGUCAGGCCACAAACAGCAAAAUCUGCAAUUAGGAAUGGAGGAAUAGGUAGAGGGGCUGGUUCUAAUGGGAUUCCAGGAAAGAGCUUGAUUAAAGCAAGUGAUUUUACCAGUCAGAAAAGUAAAAGGGAUUUGAUGCAAAAUGACGAGUUCGAAAGGUAGAGAUCUGUAAGGAAUUUAGAAUAGAUGUAUGGCAAGAGUGAAAUGAUUGAUCAGUACUAUAACGACAAGGAGUUACUUUAAAAGAGGGACGAAACGAAGAAAGAACUGAAAAUGCUUCUCAAAAAAUACAUGGCUGACUCAGAUCAUAACACUAUCUGUGCUAUGAAAGUAGGAAUAGCUCAGAGAGAAGUCAAUGAACUGCAUAAGAGGAUGGACAAAGCAGUAAAGAAAAUAGAAGGCUGUGAAGAUGAAUUUGAGAGGACUAAAGCAGAUGUGCUAGGAUUGAAUGAUUACCUUCACAGAGAUAAGUUUAACGCUGAUAAAUUUGAAUAGAAUGUUGAGAGAGGCCUCUAGUAAGCGAGAAUAGCUUGGACUACUGAUGCUGGAACGAUAAAUGAUAGAAUUAGAGACUAUGAGAAGAUAUUUGAUGAUCCAUCUAGACUGCCUCAAUAUGAUGAGAAAACGAGAGUCUGGAAUCUAAGCAGUAAAUUUAACCUUGAAGAAAAUGAUCAGGCAGAUGAUUUCUCUAUUCCAUAUAUGCAGCAUCCAUUCUUAAAUAAAAUUCUUUGA